AUGGCAGCCACACUGCCUAUACCCGGCAGAGCAGCUGAGCUCAAGCCAGACCCGCCCCCAGGGUUGGGUGAAGGGGUCGGUGAAGGAGUCGGUGAGGGUAAAGGCGACAGGGAUGGUGAAGGGGACGACUCCGCCGGGUCAGACUGCGGUGUGCCGUCGUCGACGCCCGUGCAGCUGCUCCCCACGCACUGGCAGGUCAUCAGGCCAGACGAAGACCACAUACAGGCUGUCCCUGCCAGGCAGUACUGCCCGUUCGAGCAGCAGGAUGCAUCUGCUGGCAUGCAGUUUACUGUGCCGCAGCAGACUGAGUUGACGCAGUAG